AGCAAAGGGCGCAGGACAGACCAGGGUCUCCCUGGGAGCCUCCGGGGGAUGAGAAUGUUCUAGGGGGGCUGAACUCUGGGCUGUUUGAGGGGCCCUUGAAUGAAUGGAUGAACUGCUUUCUGGGCAAACGGCCACAGCCAAAGGACAGUGUGAUUUCAAGAAAGAAGUCGGGGAACACGGGUCUCCUGCACAACCUCGAGUGGCCUGAAGUCAGGGAACCCUUGGGAAGACCUGGGCGGAGACCAGCCACAAGGUAUCACGCUUGGCUCUGACAUCACCCAGAGGCGCCAGGAAAGGGGAAAUGGUGUUUCCAGCUGUGUUUGGGGACUGAUUGGCCAAGGACCCACAUUGGAGAGCUUUGGGCAUCGUAACAGCGAACGAGAAUGGAGGAGGAGGAUAACAACGCGUCCCUCACCUAUGAGUAUGUGUACUCUGACGAUUUCGACCCCAUCGUGGUUUUGGAGGAUUUGUCUCCCCUGGAAGGCAGGGUGGUCAGGAUCUUCCUGGUGGUGGUCUACAGCAUCAUCUGUUUCCUCGGCAUCCUGGGCAAUGGCUUGGUGAUCAUCAUUGCCACCUGCAAGAUGAAGAAGACGGUGAACACCGUCUGGUUCCUCAAUCUGGCCGUCGCGGAUUUCCUGUUCAACGUCUUCCUCCCAAUCCACAUCACCUACGCCGCCAUGGGCUACCACUGGGUGUUCGGGACAGCCAUGUGCAAGAUCAGCAACUUCCUGCUCAUCCACAACAUGUACACCAGCGUCUUCCUGCUGACUGUCAUCAGCUUCGACCGCUGCGUCUCCGUGCUCCUCCCCGUCUGGUCCCAGAACCACCGCAGCGUCCGGCUGGCUUACACGGCCUGCAUGGUCGUCUGGGUCCUGGCUUUCUUCCUGAGUUCCCCAUCCCUCGUCUUCCGGGACACAGCCCAUCUGCACGGGAAAAUAUCCUGCUUUAACAACUUCAGCCUGUCCGCCACCAGCUCUUCCUCGUGGCCCACUCAUCCCCAGAUGGACCCGGUGGCCUCUGGCCGGCACGUGGCCGUGACCGUCACCCGCUUCCUCUGUGGCUUCCUGACCCCGGCGCUUACCAUCACCGCCUGCUACUUCACCAUCGUCUACAAGCUGCGGCGCAACCGCCUGGCCAAGACCAAGAAGCCCUUCAAGAUCAUCGUGACCAUCGUUAUCACCUUCUUCCUUUGCUGGUGCCCCUACCACACGCUGUACCUUCUGGAGCUCCAUCACAGCGCAAUGCCUGGCUCCGUCUUCAGCCUGGGUGUGCCCCUGGCCACUGCCAUCGCCAUUGCCAACAGCUGCAUGAAUCCUAUUCUGUACGUCUUCGUGGGUCAGGACUUCAAGAAGUUCAAGGUGGCCCUCUUCUCCCGUCUGGUCAAUGCUCUGAGUGAGGACACGGGCCACUCCUCCUAUCCCAGCCACAGAAGUUUCACCAAGAUGUCAUCCGUGAACGAGAGGGAGACCAGCAUGCUGUGAGCCUCGCCUGGAACGCCCCCCCGUGGAUACUCCCAACCUUGGAGGCUCAAAGCUACGCCUUCUCGAGACCACGGCAGGAACAUCUUGGGCACCCACAGAUGCCCGCUGUAUUUCGCAUGGGGCUGAACUGUGUUUUGAACUGGGAAUCCAGGGCUCAGAACUCCUUUCUUCCAGGGGCACGGCAGACAGAGCAUGCCACGGUGCUCAGCCUUGGACCAGCAUCCCGUGCAUCCUGGGAGACCAGCCUUGACUGAUGCAAAGCAAAAAAAAGGGAGAAUUCUCGAAAGCACUGCCAUGAACUGGGAAGGGCAUAAGAAAGAGGGGUCAGUUACCUACCUGAGUGCUUCCCAGGAAUGACACAAACACUUUUCAAGGUCCAUUCCUGGUGUAAGCAGAGGAGGUCAGAGCAAACCCAGUGUGAUGGAGGUCACGCCUCGCUCAUAUCCCUCUGUCAAUAGCUGGCCGGAAAUCCUGCCGCUCAAGCCUUUCCUCUGGGUUAGGGCGUGUGGAAAUGCACACACCUUCGCCAGGUUCCCUGGGAAGAGAAGGUGACAUAUGAACGCAGGAUCUCCCGGGACCAUGCAUUUGACUUUCAGAUCAGCUGAAAAGACAGACAGCAGGUCCUGAGGAGCCGUGGGGCUCUUUGUGAGGGCAAGAGAAGCAGGGCUAUGAUGAGGACUUGGGGUUUAGAGGAAGGAAUGAAGAAAGAAAAGACCUUUCAAAGGGUGCGUGACAUGAAUCAACUCACCCUCGAACCUCCCAGCGCGAUGGUACUUUGGGCCGUAGCUAUUUUGGGGGUGGGGGUGACGCCAGCCCCUUGCCCCAAGCCCUGUUCUCACUUUGCAUUUGUUACCCUGGGCUGGUUCGAGGUGGGCAGCUUCACCAGCAGCCUCCACUCCAUCACAGGGAUUCCCCCUUCUUCCCUGAUCCACUGGUUCUGGCUGGAGAUACUCAGAAGAAAACACUCCAGGGCAGGAGGCAGAUGGGAGGAUGGUGGGGGACACCUACUCCUUCUCAACUUCCUCAAAGCCUGGCUGGAGGCUAGUCCAAAAGCAGCUGCAGGAAGCAACCUGGGAGCACCUCACGGGCUGAAGCUGAGUCCGAGGGUUCAGUCCCCGAGCUUGAAGCAGAAUCUGGAGCCUGGCUCACUGGACUGUGCUCCUGAGACGCGGGGCCGAGGGGGGGGCCACAGGCCUAGGGCCCCUCCUAUGUGCAGUCACAUUGUCUUUUCUGGGACCCACACCUCCCUGUGCUGCAGUGGCAUUGUCCCAUUUACAAACGACACAGCUGAGGCUCAGAGAAGGGAAGUUACACACCCAAUGUCACACAGCUAGCCAGGGGCACAGUUACCCGUCUGAACCCAGCUCCAUCUGGUCCCAGAAACUCUGUUCUUUUAUGGAGAAUGUAUCUACUGAGAAUAUUCUAGACUAUCCUGGUAACCUACAUUUAUUUAGCACUUCUAUGUUAAGCACUUUACAUGUGUAUCUCAUUUAUCCCUCACAGCAGCCCUGAGUUAAGUACAAUUAUCACUUCCCUUUUAUGGAUGAGGCAUCUGGGGCUCAGAGAGUUUAAGUAACUUGCCCAAGGGCACCCAGCAGGUCUCUGUUAGAGUCUGGCUAGGUUUGAACCUAGGUCUGUCUGGCUCAAAUAAGUCCGCAGAGGCUUGGGGUUUUGACCAUAAAUAUAUAUGCAUCCCUCAGCAGAUUAAUGUAAACAUCUUAAGGGCUUUAAAGGCAGCUUUGCAAAUAGUUUUCAAAAACGAUCCAACGUGGCAAAGAAAAUGUACUUGGCUCCCGGCUCCCUUGGCAUCCAUUCACAGCCACCCACCCGGGCUCUCACGUCCUGUGUCCCCCCAGCUCUCGGUGGGGGGGGGGCAGUGUGGAGAGAGGCCUGGCGGGAGGGCCCUUUGGCCUCCAAGUGUCCAUAUUCUCCUCUCUUCCAAGUUUCUUUGUUGCAAAGCCACUUCAGCAAGAUACAGUGAACAGAUGUAACGUCUACACAGUGCGCGGCAAGUUCCCGAGGCCAAGGGCUGUUUGGAAUCACACCUCAUUAAGAGACAAACUGUUCCUUCCCUUGUUGGGUCAUUGUGUUUGUGAGGCAGCUCUGAAUUGACCCCACUGGGGCCUCCGAUUGCUUUGAGCAAACUGAACUUAGCUUGAGCUAAGGGAGCUUUAAAUAUUGCCCAGCGCCCCCUGUCUCCCCGCCUUCCCAACUUCACAGGGGAAGCAUCCAGGGCACAAGAUGGAGUGGGACGUGUUCCAGGCCCCAGAGACAGUCACCAGCCACUCGGGGAGGACCGUGCUGUUUCUUGGGGCUCAGUUUCUGGUUCCUUCCGGGCUGCAUGCAGGUCAGGCCAGGCUAGGGAAGCCAGAAAAUCAUUUUGUCAUUGGAAAAGCUGAUGAACAGGAGCAAAAUGAGAACCAGCUGUUUUCCUCCUCGGAGCCAGGGCUCGCUCUUUCUGGCCGCCCCACCAAGUCUUCCUGUUCCGAUUGUAGUUCCCCAUCAAAUGCUUAAGUGCAACCAUAACACCCUUUUCAACCUUGUCCCUACAGCUUCUUCUGACGACCCCACAGGUCACACAUACAAAGGCCCAGCAGUUCACAAAGCACAUUCACCUGAAUUACUCCACAGGCAGCCAACACGCUUUGUGCCCGAGAGCCCUCGCUCCAGGGCCAGGACCCGCCAGUGGAGCCUCAG